AUGUACUCACAAGACUCUUUGUUUUAUCCUGCAGAGAAGGAAAAGCACGAAAUUCAUCAUUCUGUAACAAUAAUCCAUCAAUUUUUCAUUCACAAAAGUUCGAAGAAAAAGCCAAUUGCAGCCUGGCGGGCCAGCUAUUAUAUCAGCAUUCAUAAUCCGGUUACUACCGAUAGUCCGGCUGUCGUGUUUGCAAUCUGGGCAGAACAGCAUCACUUAGGAAGUGCUCUGCUCAAUACAUUGUUAAUGAUUUUAGCACUUCAAUACACUCACUAUAGAACUCUUUUAACUGCAUCACUUUUGAGUGGAAGCAAAAGAAACUGUUGGAUAAAAAAACAGAAAGCAUUGAAAGAGCAAAGGAAAAACCGAAUUCCUCGUUCAACAUGGUUCACACAAGGACAAGUUGAACAGUGGUGGUUGAACAUGUUUUUUGAUGUUCUUCCUGAGGAGGAUUGGAAAAAGAACUUCAGAAUGACAAAGGCUAUGUUUACUGAUUUAGUAGAUCAAAUACGCAUAUGGAUUACUCCUGACAACACAUCUCCAAAUUAUCGAGCCUUGUCUGCAGAAAAAAAAGUUGCAGUAACGUUGUACUACUUGAAAGACACAGGAUCUUUGUCAAUGACAGCAAACACUUUUGGCCUGCACAUAUCUACGGUGUCAAAAGUCAUAAGAGAUGUUUGUAACUGCAUAACUUACAAGCUUGGACCAAAAUACAUAGCCCUGCCAAAAACAAAAGAAGAGAUGCUUGAAAAAGUAGGAGAAUUUGAGGCCAAAUUUGGAAUGACGCAAGCUUUUGGCUGCAUAGAUGGCACCCACGUACAAAUUUUACGACCUAGUGAACAUUCACAAGAUUAUUUUUCUUACAAAAUGUAUUUUUCUCUUAACGUUCAGGCAGUAUGCGAUUUCCGUGGCCAUUUCAUGGAUGUUGAUUGUAGGUGGCCAGGCAGUGUACAUGACGCGAAGGUGUUUGCCAACUUAAAUAUUGCUGCUAAACUAAAAGAUGAGGAAAUACCCAUUACUUAUAAGGACAUCCUGCCAGGCCGAGCCAAAGUUCCAAACUAUUUGAUUGGUGACCCUGCAUACCCCUUGACACCGUACUGUAUGAAAGAGUACCAUAGUUGUUCAACAAAUGCUCAAGUGUUAUUUAACAACAUGCUCCGCCAGAUGGGGUUUUUAGCAAAGAAAGUUGAUUUAAAAAUAGAUUUUGUUCCUGUGGCAAUCUAUGCAUGUUUUGUGCUGCACAAUAUAUGUGAACUUAACAAAUGUGUUGUUGACCCUGAUUUGGUGAAAAUUGAAAUAGAAAAGCAUAAAGCAGAGACACAACAAUUAGAUUACUCUGUGUAUUUAGGAAAUCUUGCAGAGGGUGAUGUUGUACGGAAAGUAAUAACAAAUUUUAUACAGGACAGUCUUCCAUACUAA